UAGCUCUGGGUAUUAGUCGUCACGCCACUGCAAAGACCCGAAAUAUGUUAAGACGACAAGUAGGUAUUAUCAAAUAGAGUCGGUGCCGGAGCGGUGGGAAGGAGAUGGAGGGCCACAUACGCCGCUCUCAUGCCUCCAUGCCUCCAUGCGGCGGCGGAAUACCAUGCUUGGCAUCACGCCCUCGGUAUGAAGCGUGUCAGGCGUGUCAGACUACCAGUGACACUGCGUUCAGCCGCAAAAUAGGUUGAUCUGUCCGCACAGGGAGGCAGCCCUUUAUAAUGGAUAUGGUCACUACACCGGACAGGAAUGCCCUUUGAACCUCUCAGACCUUUGCAUUGGCAAAGUAAAAUAAAUCAGUGAGAAGCUCAAAGAUGACAUCCCAAGCAGCACACGGCUAUAUGCCGCCUGUGACGAGCCAGCCUUAUGUCCAGACGUCGACAGCUACGACUUCAGCUCCUGGGAAUGAUGGCCUCACCGCGGCAUUCUCGAAUCUGAACAUCGGCCAGCAGCAGCCGACAACUACCCGUCAACCUCACCAUUUACCACAAAACUCGCCUGGCAUUGGUCAAGGCUACGGCAACAGACCUCAUCAAGGUCAACAACAUCAUACAGUUCACAGCCUACCGUCACCUCCGAUUUCUCAUGACCCAAAGUUGCUGGCUCACCAACAGCAGCAUGGUUCAGUUGGCCCUUAUAACCAGGCGCUUGGCCAACCUGCCCCUGCUUCGUCUUUGCAGCAGAACGCAUAUCCAACACCAGCCCAAACACCUGUGAGCACGCCAUCACCACAUCUGACAUAUAAGCCGGCGACACACGCGAACAACUCUAGCUUCCAUAUUCCGCCAUAUAACCCAGCAGACCCUAGCAAUGGCAAGCCUGCUUUUGCGCCUCCCCCAACUGUCGCAACUCAUUCUCCUCCACCGCCAACUGCCCAACCCGCGAAAACAAAGUCUAGCUUCUUCAGCAAGAUCACUAAGACUCCCAUGGCCGGGGUAGGGGUAGGGUUAGUAGGUGGCUUGACGACGGCGGUACUCGCACACGAAGGCAAGGACAAGAUUGAAGAAUGGACGAAGCAGAAGAUGGGGUCAAUCGCAGGGGCAGUAGGGUUAUCUCAAGGGGGUGGUAAGACGCACGAGGGCCAGCAUACCGGCACAACACAUGCUGGAGCACAUCAAACUCACCAAGUUCAUCAAGCCCAUCCAGCCGCCACACAUCCAGUAGCAGCACACUCAACCGGGGCACAUUCGGUUGGCACGCACUCGGUAGUACACACUGUAACUCAUCAACCGGCACAUCAAGUCGCUCAUCAUAAUUCACAUCAGGGCAUACACCCCGGAACACACCAAGUUGUACAGUCGCCGGUACAGGUUAUCCAACACGCAGCACCGCACUCGGCAGGACAUCCCGUAAUACACUCAACGGCAGCCGCACAACCCAUAGUAAGGCCAGCGAUGGCUCAGCCAGCUAUGAUGUCGCCUCCAGCAGUACAUCCUAUGCAACAACAACAGCUUAUGGGCCCCGGAGCCCAGAUGCCACCGCGACCAAUUCAGAUGGGAGUUCCCAAUCAGCCGAUGCCCAUGGCGGCCCCUUUUCUCGGCCAAGGUCUAGGUCCGCGGCCUGGGUUUCCGGGGCCCGCAUUCCAACCAGGGAUACGGCCACCUAUGCCUCCGGGCAUGAUGCCGCCGCCUCCAAUGCCAAUGGGCCCCGGGCCAAUGCCCAUGAUGCAGAGACCACCGCCACCGAUGGGGCCCCCUAUGGGAGGUCCAAUGGGUGGCCCAGCAGGCGGUCCAAUGGGAGGACGUCCUGAACCACCUGAGCGACCCGAGCGGCCUGAGAACGAGGGUGCCGGAGCUCACGGUGCGGCCUACGGUGGCGCUGCUGCAGCCGGUGUAGGUGCGGGUGCCGCUGCGUAUGACCACGGUGGACAAACGGGCGGACACGGAGCAGCAGGAGCAGCAGGACAGGAACCGCAUGCUCAACCAGGCGCUGCAAGUCGAGAACUCCCAGGUGCCGGUGCUGAUCCGAACGGGACUAAUGCAAAUGGGAUGAACAUGAACGGGAUGAAUGCGACAGGUACAGAUCCUUCCGGGUACCCAGGGAUGAACUCUCAAGCAAUGGGCACAGACCCUUCAGGAUACACCGGCGGAAACUCCCACACAGCUACAGACGGAGCAGCGACACAAAACUUCGGCGCCGCUGAGUCGAGCACAUACGGGGCAUCCACAAGCCACGCAACCGCCGCCGAUACAUCCGCUUACGCAACUACGACGGAUGCGAGCGCUAGCGGUGCAACAAGCCAGUCCUACGCCUAUGAAUCGGCAGGAGGGACGACAAGCCAAGCGUACGCAUACGAAUCGACAAGCGGCACAGCUAAUCAAGCAUACGGCUACGAAUCAGCUACCACGAACACCACAGCUACAGAGCAACAAGCCUACGCGUCAGAAACAGCCACCGCACCAACAGAAAGCACAAGAGAAGUCCCCGGCACCGCCCUAGCACCAGAGCAAACCAUCGUGAAUCAAAACGUCUACAUAGACCAGAGCACAGCAAUCGACCAAAGCUCCUAUGUGAACCAGAACGCGAGCAUCGACCAAUCGUCAUACAUCGACCAAAGCGGAUACACGAACCAGAACAUCGCCGUCGAUCAAAGCACGUACGUAGACCAGAGCGCGACGAUGAACCAGAAUGCGUAUAUCGAUCAGAGUGUGGCCGUGGAUCAGUCAGCGUACGUGGAUCAGAGCGCCUACAUCGACCAGAGCGCGACGAUCGAUCAGUCUGCGUAUAUUGACCAAAGCGCCUACAUUGAUCAAAGCGCGUACGUAGAUCAGAGCGCCUACAUAGACCAAAGUGCCUAUGUAGACCAAUCCGCAUAUAUCGACCAAUCCGCCUACGUCGAUCAGAGUGCCUACAUAGACCAGUCAGCAUACGUUGACCAGAGCGCGUACAUGGAUCAAUCCGCCUACGUAGAUCAAAGCGCAUACGUAGACCAAUCCGCCUACAUGGACCAGAGCGCCUACGCGUACGACACGACGGACUACUCAGCCGACUACGGGCUCGCGUGAGGACCAUCACAUCAUCAUAUUCUCUCAACUGAUCAUCCCUUGCAACACUUGUAUAUAAUAUAAUCAGUUCAAACAUCAAUUAGGUUUUGGUUCUAGCAUCUUCACGGAAUGGAAUGGAAUAGCACGCUUGGCUUAGGUUAGGAUCUCUGCAUGGAUCUUAUCAGAACAUUUAUCCCCUUUAAAUCGCAUCCCGCUGAGGAGAAGAACAUAUUUACAUAUUUACGUAUUUGUAGCUAAAGGAGGUUAAAAUUGGAUUGGUAUCGUGUUUAUCAAAUGAAUGGAUGGAUAGCAUAUAGUUUAGUUUAUCAGUAGCAUGAGAUACCGUUUUUAUCUAAAGUAGUUUAACGAUUCAUUCAUUGA